AAGUGCGGCUCCAUGGUACGAGGCCAAUCACGUGGCGGCCGCCCUUCCGCUGUGCCAUGGCGGGCCCGCCUGGCGGCGUAUCGCUCUGGAGGAGUCGCUUCGGGGACCUCGUGGGGGUCCCGGGCAGGCGUCGCCCGAUCAAAGCGAAGCUGCCCCUGGUGCUAGGCGACCGCGUCUCGAACCGGCGCCUGAAGCUCGGAGAGGCAAGUUGUGUUACAGAGAUGGCAUUGAUGAUGGCUUGCUGGAAGGCAAAUGAGUUCAGUGACAGUGCUUGUGCAAAGGAGAUUACUACAUUCUUUGAAUGUGCAGCAAAAGCAGAAGCAAAGAAAAAGGCAACUCCAGAAGAAUCUUCAGGAAAUCUUGAUUCACAACAAGUCAACAAAUUACUUGGACGAUACCCAAAUAUUACACACCAUUAUUAACAAAAAUUGUUUCUGUCAUAACUGGUUAUUAAAACCUGAAAUUAGCUCAACUUUGGAAAACUCCUCCACCCCGCUUGUUAAAACUGAGGAGAAAUAAUCUUCGGAAUUAUAUAAGUGACUUUGUCUAAAAAGAUCAUCUGCCAGUAAGACCGAAGCUUACAUUUUCUCUGAUGUGAAGGUUCUUCAGGCAGAAAACUUCCUUAUGAUUGUUCAGUUAUUGUCAUAUUGAGUUAUAUGGAAUAAGAUCUUAUAAUGAAAUAUGCUACAUACAUACUAAAAUUAAAUUAUAAAUUAAAUAUAUAGUUCUUUGUGUAUAAUCAAGUUCUUGCUAGUGGAGCAGGUUUUCUCUUCUAAACCCUGGCUAAAACAGUGUUUCUGGCCUACAAGAUGAAAAUUAGUAGAUUCAUGAGAUCUCUCUCCUCUGGAUCUUUCUUGGGAGCAGCACUUCUAUAGAUUGUCUCUUUGUUUUUCCCAGUGGGAAUGUGACAGUCAGUUGAAUCCAGUCCCCAAGGAGCUUUCACUUGAAAGUACUCUCAACUAGGAGCUCUUUCAAGUCCUGCUUCCAAAACUAUUCAUUGCUAAGUCCUAUGAGUGCCUUGACAUUUGUGGGAUGAAGCUUUGAGAACGGAGGCAUUUUGAUUCUCCCUAGUAAUUGUGAUGACCCAGAGCGUAACACAAACGUAACAAAAUUCAAAAUGUAAAUAAAUGUCCU